UGUAAAGUGGCUGUGUGACGGGAGCCUACAUUGCAGCUUCAGUGGCUUCAACAGGUCACAAAACCUGCAGAAUAAAGCUGUAGAUCCUUCGUGUGAAAGUUGAUAAGUUCGUCUUGGCACUGGCAGGUGUCAGCAUCUCAGGGUGAAAAUGGCUAAUGUGGUUUCUUAAGUUAGUGGUAUUCCCUACAUAUUUUAUUUGUGUGUGACAGGCUUUACACACAGCGUGUGUCUUGUCCAGUUCGUGCUUACCAGUUUGUUUAUAAAAGCAAAGAUAUGCCCAGAUUUAAGGUUUUGCCUUACAGGUGCAUGCAUUAUUACUCACUUUAGUGGUUUGCCUCUAUCUGCCAUUUUAAGCUAAUGCGACAAGCGUAUACAUGACAAAUGACGUCAGUAGGCUAUAAUCGAUUAUGGUCUAUUACUGCAUUGAUGCAGAAUCGUCUAUGUCCGUGUCGUGAUGCAUCAUAGAAAUGAUUAAUUACAACACCUAUACAAUGCAGCAUAACAAUAGCAAAUUAUCACCCUUGGAAGGAGAUGCUCUCAUCUGCAUGCAUAAGCUCACAGACACUAGUGAUUGGCGAGUGUUAUUUUUUAUUAGCAACAAGUUAGCCUGCUAACUGUGAUGACUAAAGAACAUUUACCUUCUCAAAAUUGUAAACUGUGUGCUUAUUGUUUUGUUAUUUGACGAAAUAAUAUGUCUGUAUGUCAAUAGAUCUAAAACUAGUAUCUGCUUAAAGUGCAGCACAACAAUGCUGGCAGCCAGCAGAUAAUGCUGCCUAAUUUACAGGAGCAUAUGUUCUUUCUGAGAUUUUAUCGGUCCCUAUUUUGUACAAUUUUUGAGUAAUCCAUUUUGACCUUUUUUGUUUUUAAUACCUUAUCCCUGAUUCUUUUUUUUUUAAACCACACCUACACUACCAGCAACCAUGCCACAUAGGGGCAUAGUGGUAGAGCGCACCCCCCUGAGUGGAGAGACUUACAAUACCCCAAACAUAUAGACCCUACUGCGCAUUCAUUUAUAAGUAUGCAGGGUUUUCACUCUGUACUUGAUUUAAAGAAAAACAUAUUUUUGCUUUGUUUUCUUCUAAUGCUUUGAGCAGCCAUAUUGAUUUGAUGUUAGGUGCUGAAUGUGGGGUUGAAGAGACCAGGGCCACCUUUGCCCUUUUGACUGUGGUACCUUCACUAUGUGCCAUUUGCUACAUGUCACCAAGUGUUUUACAGAUCAAAUAGAUAGUUCUGUGGACAGAAGUGGCAGAAAUAUUCAAACAUUCGAUUGCAGAAAGUUUUUUAUUGAAUUAUCCUCUUUAGUAUUAAAAUGUAACUAGAAUUUAACUAGUCAUUCUCCCAUUUAGAUAUAUUUCAACUUCAGUUUCUUGUCUUGACAUGUCUGGCCUUCAGGCAACAGUAGACCACCUACCUUGGAUCCCUUCCCCCCUGAAUCAACUUUCCUUUUCAGUGUUGUGUGCUGUGGGAGUGGAAACACUGCACCAGACAGACUUCUAUAGCUUGGCCAUCUACCUCCUGGUUUCCUCAGCUGGAAUGAUGCUUUUUGAAAUAACAUAUAUCAUUGAUGCUUUAUUGUUGACAUGGCUUCCGUAUCCAGUUAAUUCUAAAUUCUUUGUGAUUUGGAAAACGAUGGCUCAUGUUGGAUGCUUCCAAAAAUUCCUCUACUACACCGUUUUGUCUGUGAUGUGUUUUUUGCAUCCAGUGUUAGUCUGGCAUGCUGUCAUACCAGGGACUAUGCUGCUGCUGACAGGACUGCUGAACUUUAUUUUGAGCAAAAGAAAAAAGUCAAGUCCACCCAAAGAAUCCAAGGAACUCGAUGGAGACUUGAGCGUGCACAUCACCGAAUCAGAGGAACCUGAGCAAACCUUUUCCUUCUUCCACAUCAUGUCUGGAAGGAGAGCUUCUUACCUACCCAAUGUCAGCAAACUUAGCAAUUCUUUUGACUGUUCUGAGGCCAUACUUGGACUAGAUCUUUCUGUACAAAACCUUCACAAUUCAAUGAGCAAAGGUGACAAAGUAAAUGUUUACUUUACAAAGAGUUUUAAAGCAUAUGAAACUGAGAUGGAGGUUUUUGACAUAGAUCCAGAUGAAACCACCUCAGAUAAAGCACCGAUGAUAAGAAUGUGAGGUGAACGCUGUGGGAAGGCGAAAGGCAUUCUGUAUAUUUUAAAGAAUUGUUUUCACGAGUCAUGCAUUGACAAGAGUUUAUCAGCAGUACAUGUUGAAAUAAAAUUUUUUGCUAAUGGAA